AUGUGUGACGUUCGAGCGCAAAAGUCCGGGAUCGCUCUCGAAGCACAACAGAAGAUUCAUGGAAAAUAUGAUCGCGAUCUUGCUGUUCAAAUUCUCGAAUGGGUGAAGUCUGUUACUGGCGAGGAUUUUAACACUGAUGGAAGUGUGGAGAACUUUUGCAGUCUCUUCAAAGAUGGAACACUUUUGUGCAGACUAGCUAACAGUCUGCAGCCUGGUGCAGUGAAAAAAAUCAACUCCUCGGCAAUGGCGUUCAAGCAGAUGGAAAACAUCGCCUUCUUCUUAUCUUUUGCUGAGAAGCACGUUGCUAAGCCGGAACUUUUUCAGACGGUCGACUUGUACGAGGCGCAAGAUCCCAACACUGUUCUGGUUUGUUUGUCGUCACUUGCUCGAAAAAGCGAAAAGUUAUUUGGAAAACCAGGACUUGGACCGAAGGAGUCUGAGGGAGAAAGGCGGGAGUGGACCGAAGAGCAGCUGAAGGCCGGUCAGAAUGUGAUCGGGCUGCAGAUGGGUAGCAACAAAGGUGCUACCGCCAGUGGGCUGAACUUUGGUAAUACGCGACACAUGUAA